AUGCUCCGACAGGACCAGUGUUGUAGUCCGUACCAGCCUCAGUGUCGCCGCGCUGGCUUCGUGUUCAUUUGUGAGACGGGGACAGUGGGUGACACGACUACCCCACUGGGCCUUGAUGCUGCCUUAGCCGAUACCCGUGGCACCGAAAGCUUGGACCAUGAGUGGACUGCCGGGCGGCUGGUGCGGCACUUCAAGUCCUCUGAGCGCACUGAGCGCAAUCUCCGUUUGCUAAUGGGGGCAUCCGUUGGUAUCACAGCAACACAUCGUCACCACAAUCACCCAAAGCCGAUCAAAUUGCCAACGUUCGCCUCCGACGACUUGCUUACUCCUGCUCAAUGUCAGGACCAGAUAAACCGUGUUUAUAAAUCAGGUGGAUGUCUGAUGAACUAUUUGAAUUACUAG